CGGCCUGGGCGCCGGGCGCUCGGCCAUGUCGUCGGGGGACGCGGGGUCCUGCGGGCCGGAGGGGACCCAGCGCGCGGCCGCCGCGCUCUGCGGCCUGUACCGCGAGGCCGGCCAGCGGCUGCGGCUCGUCCAGGAGCAGCUGGCGGCCCGCGACGGGCUGGUGGAGCGCCUGCGCGCCCGCCUGGCCGCGCUCGAGGGGGACGCGGCACCGUCGCUGGUGGACGCGCUCCUGGAGCAGGUGGCGCGGCUCCGGGAGCAGCUGCGGGAGCGGGAGAGCGGGGCCGCCGAGGCCGAGCUGCGCCAGGAAGUUGAGAGACUCAGCCAUCGACUGGCCAAGAAGGAGCAGGAGAUGGAGCAGCUGCUUGGCCACCCAGCACUGGCAAGCGAGAAGGAGUUGGUGCAGCUGCGGAGGAGCGUGGCAGAGAAGGAGCGGGUACGGGCUGUCAGCCAUGUCCUGUGUCGCUCCCUGGCCGAUGAGAGCCAGCAGCUGCGGAGGACACUGGCGGCCACCGCCCACAUGUGCCAGCACCUGGCCAAGUGCCUGGAGGAGUGCCAAGCCCCACAGGCGGCACCCCGGGAGAGCGGCGCUGAGUCCGAGAGUCCAGGCCGGGCCGCCGUCCAGGCCGCCACGGUGAAGCUGCAGGAGGAGAACCGCCUUUUGAAAGAGAAGGUGGCACACGUGGAGGACCUCAACGCCAAGUGGCAGCGCUAUGACGCCAGCAGGGACGAGUACGUGAGGGGACUGCAGGCCCAGCUGCGGGGGCUGCAGGUGCCCGCAGAGCCCGAGAGGCCCUCGACGUGUGAGCGGAUGAGGAAGGAGAUCGCCCGGCUCAACGGGCAGCUGGAGGAGAAGAUGCUCACCUGUGCGGAAGUCAAGCAGGAGUUGCUGGCCGCGCGCAGUGCCUGGGAUGCCGCGCUGGAGCGGGUGCAGAUGCUGGAGCAGCAGAUUCUCGCCUACAAGGAGGACUUUGCCUGGGAAAGGGCGGACCGCGAGCGGGCGCAGAGCAGAGUGCAGGAGCUGGAGGAGAAGCUGGCCUGUUUGCAGCAGGCCGGGAGACAGGGGCCCCUUGAGCCAGCAUUCUGCUGGACCCACGCAGCCAACAGCAGCCCUGAGGCCUUGGAGCGUGCUGUGUCCAGUGACUGGAGGUCCGGGGAUGGGGCCUGCAGGCAAGAGCCCCCUGGCAUGCCCCUGGGGGACCUGCAGUGUCCUCACUGCCUGCAGUGCUUCAGCGACGAGCAAGGCGAGGAGCUCUUCAGACACGUGCGCCAGUGCUGCCAGUGAGGGGCACCAAUGUCCCUUCAUGCAGGCUCUUGGGGCAGCAGAACCAGCCAGGCUCCAGGGGGCCUGAGUAGAGCCAGAGGGUGAGGCCGAGAGGCGCUUACAGCAGCUCGCGGGGGAGGAUCCUCUGACCCUGCCUGGCCCAGUGUGUGCUAGGGCACAAAGCUGGCUGGCAGGAAGGCUGCCUGGGUGAGGCCCCAUCUGUCCCCAGCACCGGCUGGUCCUUGGUGUGGCAGGGCCUCUGUGCCAGGCAUGUGCUCCAGCCCAUUCAGUCCCCACAGCCACAGUGUCCUGCAGUGUUGGCUGCCCACCAACUGGAGGCGAAGCCCCUUCCCUUCCCUGCGUGUUUUCUCUUUUUUCGGCUUUUUGGGUCACACCUAGCAAUGCUCAAGGGUUACUCCUGGUUCUACACUCAGGAAUGACUCGUGGCAGUGCUCAGGGGACCAUAGGGGAUUCCGGGGAUCGAACCCAGGUUGACUUUGUGCACGGCAAAUGCCCUCCCCACUGUGCUAUCGCUCCGACCCUGCGUGUUUUCUUAAUAAAGCACUAGUGAUGGUCA